GACUUUCACUCCUAUCACUGCCGGUCGUUUUGUGUUGGUGGCGCUAAAAUCCCCACAUCAAGUGUCACUUUGACGUUUCAUAUAAAUGUUGUGUUUUAUUAUAUUUGUGCAAAAACGCUUUUUUUAAGCUAAAUGUGAUAGUUGUGUGAGGAGUUCGCACCAAUGAUGCGACUAAAAAGGGCUGUGGCCCUGAUUGGCGCAGCCCUUAUUGUACUUAUAAUAAUCGAGAUUUACUCAACGAGGGAUUUUUCCGAAUUUGUUGGUAAAAAACUGCCGGUUGUGAGCGACGAUAGCGAGAAAUGGUCACACCUGGAAGACCGCCUAAAACAGCUGGAACACGACUUGAACCGGCACGGGAACGAAGUCCAAGAUAUAAAGAACGUAAUUAAGAACAUAAUUCCACUAAACACGAGCGCAAGCACUGUCAGAAAAACCCCACACAGGGGCGGCGUUAAACCGGUUAUAACCGAGUUCUUGUUCGAAUCAAAUUGCCCGUUCCAGUUGAGUUUUAUCCCAAAAACCGACAUUCAAAUGUUGGAGGUUUACCACCGACUGAAAUUUGAUAAUCCAGACGGCGGGGUCUGGAAGCAGGGCUGGAAAAUCGAAGUCGAUGAGAAAGACUGGAACCGCCAGAACAAACUCAAAGUUUUCGUCGUUCCGCAUUCGCAUAACGACCCCGGUUGGGUGAAGACAGUCGAGGAUUAUUACCUCACUCAGACCAAGCAUAUUUUAAAUAAUAUGCUACUAAAACUGCCGGAAGACCCGCGCCGGAAGUUUAUCUGGGCGGAGAUUUCGUAUUUUUCAAUGUGGUGGGACGAUUUACGGGAGGACGAACGCGAAGUUGUGAAAAAAUUGCUCAGAAAUAAUCAAUUGGAGAUUGUGACUGGGGGUUGGGUGAUGAAUGACGAAGCUAACGCACACUGGAUUGCGGUGAUGCAACAGUUGACUGAGGGGCAUCAGUGGUUGCAGCAAAAUUUGAAUUACACGCCGAUUAGUAGCUGGUCCAUUGACCCGUUCGGGAUGUCUUCAACUCAGCCGGUUUUGUUGAAGGAGAUGGGUUUUAGGAAUAUGCUGAUGCAGAGGGUGCACUACUCGAUUAAGAAGGAGUUUGCGAGUAGGCAGCAGUUGGAGUUCAGGUGGAGACAGCUGUGGGACGGUUCGGGCAAAACCGACAUUUUCACUCACAUGAUGCCCUUCUACAGCUACGACGUGCCUCACACUUGCGGUCCCGACCCGAAAAUUUGUUGUCAGUUCGAUUUUAAAAGACUUCCAGGACACGGACUUCACUGUCCAUGGAAAGUGCCCCCACAGGAAAUCACCGAAAAGAACGUAGCCUACAGAGCCGAGCUUUUGCUCGACCAAUACCGCAAAAAAUCAAAACUGUAUAAAACAAACGUAGUUCUGGCACCUCUCGGUGACGAUUUCCGCUACGAUCACUCGACCGAAUGGGACGUCCAGUUCCGAAACUACCAGAAAUUGUUCGAUUACAUGAAUGCCAACCUAAAUUUAAACGUCCAAGCACAGUUUGGCACACUUAGCGAUUAUUUCGAUGCUGUGCAUAAAGAGCGGAAAGAUAACGAUUUUCCCUCGUUAUCGGGCGAUUUUUUCACUUAUGCGGACAGGGACGAUCACUACUGGAGCGGUUAUUACACCUCAAGGCCGUUUUAUAAACGCAUGGACCGGAUUUUACUCGCUAAUAUCAGAGCCGCUGAAAUAAUCCUAACUUUGGCAUACUUGAGUGGCAAGCCUGGCUCGGCCUGGAUCGGCGAUCGCGAAGUAGGCUUGGAAAAACAAUUAUCAGACGCCAGAAAAUCGCUUUCAUUGUUUCAACAUCAUGACGCUAUUACAGGAACCUCUAAAGAUCACGUGGUGGUCGAUUUUGGCAAAAAGAUGUUGGCAGCUUUGAAUAACUGCCACCACGUGAUCCAACACUCGGCUCAUAUCUUAUUUUCGGGGAAAGACGCGGAAACGCCCGAUCACAGCGCCCUCUUUUACAAUAUCGAUGACGUCAGGCAUUCGCAUGACACAAUUGGGGAGAAGUAUCAAAUCACCAUUGGGCCCGAAUUGAGGACUAAACGAAUCGCUAUUUUUAAUUCGUUGACGUUUAGUCGCGUCGAAGUUGUGACGUUUCAUGUCUCAACGCCGUAUGUUGAAGUUUUAGAUGCGAAAAAACGGCGUGUUAAAUGCCAAAUUUCCCCGAUUUUUGAAUAUGGCGCCUCAAUGUCGCAGACCAAGUACCAACUGUCGUUCGUUGCCAAUGUUCCAGCGUUCGGAUUGGUCAGUUACACGAUUGGUGCGUUAUGGGAAUACGAAUCGCCAGCCGAAACCGUCCGAAGUUCGAUUCGGAUUUACAAUCAAUUCGGGGAAGUACAGGCGCCGAUUGUUUUUACCGAUAUUGAAGUAUCGCCAAGUACGAGAGAAUUUACGUUGCAAAACAAUCGACUAACUGCGAGUUUUAACGCACUGGGAUUGCUCAAAGCGUUGAAAGUUGGGGGAAAUACAGUUCCCGUUCAUUUGGAUUUUGCCAAAUAUGGGGUAAGACAAAGCGAAGAAAGGAGUGGGGGGUAUUUGUUUUUGCCAGAUGGUGAUGCGAUUCCCAUACAAAUUGAAAAUACGAUAGUUAAUGUGAUUCAAGGACCGAUCGUGUCGGCGGUUACGGUACAGUUGCCCUACGUGAGGCAUACUGUGACGUUGUAUAGCUCGACAGGCGCCGACAGUCUCGGAAUCGAGAUCGAAAACAUCGUCGAUAUUUCAAAAACCUCAAACUUCGAACUGGUGAUGCGUCUGUCGACCAAUAUCCAAAGUUCUGACCAGUUCUACACCGAUUUGAACGGCUUUGAGGUAAUCAGAAGAAAACGCUUCCACAAGCUUCCUCUUCAAGCCAAUUAUUAUCCGAUCCCGUCAAUGGCUUACAUUGAAGACGCGACUACAAGACUCACACUUUUGACCGGAAGCCCCCUUGGAACUACUUCUCUAAGGCAAGGCCAAAUCGAAGUAAUGCUCGACCGGAGAUUAAACCAAGACGAUAAUUUGGGGAUGGGACAACCGGUCUUGGACAACCACCCCACAAAACAUGUCUUUAGGGUGCUCUUGGAGCAAAAAGGGGCCUCGUGUCGAGCCACAACGGAAGGACAUCCGGCAGGAUUUCCAACUUUAUCAUCGUAUGUCUCUUCACAGAGUUUGUUAAACCCCUUAGUGAGAUUAUUGCGCACCGAGGACGAGGAUACACAGUCCCAACCGAAUUACUUAAGUGUUGAGUCGGAGUUUGGGGUUGAUUUUAUGGUACCAACCCUGCGGACGGGAGUGACUCUAAAGGGGCAAGACCACGUCGGUUUUGUGCUUCAUCGGCAAUUUGUCGAUGUCUGUUUUGCCGACUCCACGCUGCUCAAGCAAUUUCCCUUGAGUCAAGGAUCGGUCAAUAUUAGCGCACUUUUGCCCACUGAAACCGGCAGCAAGUUACACAAAACGUCGUUAUCAUUUCUAUUGAUGAAAAACGAGGUUAAUAUCCGAGGUGACUUUGUCAUGUGUCCUAUGGAAAUUCAAGCGUUUGUUUUACAAAGGUGAAACAAGAGGCCUUUAAUUUAAUUUAGUCUGUGUUAUUUUGAAGUAUUUAAGAGCCAUUAUUGAUAUUCCAGUGCAAUUGAAUGUUGGUUUCAAGUCUAGUACAAAAUUUAGUUCCUGUUUGAAACCAACGAUUCCGAAGCUUUACUUUUCACUACGUACACCUGAUAUUGAUUUUAGCAAUAAAAUACACUCUGUUUUCA